AUGGCUUACGGACACGUACCACGACCAGCCGGGUCGGAUCCCAGCACGCUCCGACCUCGAGUCUAUGCGCUUCCACAGCGUGCACAGACUCAGGAGCGUGAAGCGAUCGUCGUCGUCCCUUUCAAUGCUGAGGGCGUGGAACAGGACGCAUACGGAGAUGCUGCUCGUGGUAGCGCGAGGAAGGCGCUGAAACCACCCAAAGGGCUGAUAGAGUACCUCGCCAAGGUGUUUAACGACGAGCUCGAGCGGGGGGUCACCUACCCUCAGCGAGGACCGAUGGAGCUGGCCGAGUUCGAAGGCUACUUCCUCGGCUACGACCUUCUUGUGGGAUUCUUCCUGUCUGCGCAUCAGUUCGCAUCGAUAGCGUCGACCACAGUCCCCGAGGAAGGUCUUGAAGUCGACGACGUCUCCAAUCUGCCAACCCUCUCACAACUCGACUAUGCAUCGCAAGUAGCAGGAUUCUACUACAUCAAGCCCAACUAUCCGGGUCGGUCUUCGCAUCUGUGCAAUGGCGGCUUCGUCGUUCCGCCUGCAGGAAGAGGCCUCGGUUUGGGCGGCAUUCUGGGUCGCUCCUUCCUUCACUUUGCCCCCAAGGCCGGCUACAAGGGGUCCGUGUUCAACCUGGUCUACGUCAACAACAUGGCCAGUGUCAAGAUCUGGCAACGACUCGGCUUCACUAUUGUAGGACGUCUUCCGAUGGCUGGACUGCUCAAGACUGAGGACGGUGGCGAGGAGCUGAUGGAUGCGUAUAUUAUCUUCAAGGACUUCACUGGUACAGUGCAGGAUGGCCAGAGUGCCGAGCCCAAGCCUUUGCCUAUUCAGACCGGAGAUGGAACGCAGGGAGCUGUCUAG